AUGGUCCAGGUGCUGGCAGACCCAGCACUCUCGCAGCAUGGCCCGGCUGCCGAGGAGAAGCAGGAAGCGGGCAUGUCGAGGGAGGAACACACGUUGCGGAUGAGAGAGUUGAGCUUGAAGCGGAGCAUGAUGAGGACCCCGAGACGAGGAUGGAGCAUGACGGACCAUCAAUAUCACGCCGACACCGCGACGGCGCCUCAUCACCCACUGGGAACGGGGCCUCAGGUCGACCGUCAGGCCACCAUCCCGGAGGGCGCCGUCCUCCUUGUCCCCCCCGUCGUUGCCGCGCUGCCGGUGGAAAAGGACGCGCAAAUGCGGCUGAGGCCGAAGGUUCCACCACCGCGUCGUUCGCACUCCGUAACGGACAAGGAGCCCGAGCCCGUCACGGCGGGCCAGCCCCGGCCGUCGCACCGCAUGACACUUCUCGAUCUUCCUCCGGAGCUCCACUACUCCCUCUUCGACUUCCUCGACCCCAUCGACGGCGUCUGCUUGGGGCUUGCUCACUCGAGGCUGUACGCCAUCCACCGACGCAAGUACGGCCGCGUUCCGCUGCAUAGCCGAUACUCGGGCCCCAACGACAUGGAGUGGGCGUGGCGAGGGGCCGGUCCCCUUAUCCGCCCCUCCGAGCAGUCCGGUAGCGACAUCAACGGCUUAAGUCAGCUCCGCGUCAAGGGCCAGGUGUACUGUCGAAAGUGCGGCAUCGCUCGCUGCGAGCUGCACCGCCACCUGAAGGACUGGAUGGGCGCCGGUUACGAGUACUGCGAGAUUAAGAAAAUUUACGGAAUGCUGGCGGGCGACGGCGUCAAAUCGUACUGCUUCAUGAGCUCUCCCAGGAACCCGAGUCGAUGCGGCCGUCACGGGGCGAUGAAGGUUUGCUGA